UGGGAGAAACGACCACACACUUGACCGCUUGUUCUGACCACUAUCUACGUGCUCGACGGCACGCACAUUUUCAAUUUUUUUCCUGUUUUCCCUCGGUCGGACUACCUCUAAUAAACACUAUCCCGCCUGUCGGGUACCUAUUGGAGCGGAGAAAAUAAGCGAAUAUUGGCGAAUAAGGAAGGGAAUAUGGCGCCGCGGCAUACGGUGCUCCCGUUGGCGUACCGGGCCUUCUUUCUCGUGAUCGAGCCGAUCUCUGCGCUCGCGGGGGCAUAUUAUGCACAUUUCCGGAAGGCGGACUACCUGGCGCUUACGGCGCACUCAGACGCAGCCGCGGCUCCCGACGGGGCGGCGUCGGUGGCGCUGUCGCAGCUGGCCAACAUGUACCUGCUGUUCGCACUGAACGAGGCGCUCGUGCUGCGGGCGACGGGAGACGUGCAGGUGUGGCGGACGGUGCUCGCGGUGCUGCUGCUCGCGGACUUCGGACACCUGUGGGCGGUCGGCGGCGCCGGCGCCGGCGGCGGUGGCGUGGACGCCCUCCGGAUCUACUGGGACGUGGCAGGGUGGAACGUGAUGGACUGGGGGAACGUGCCGUUCGUGUACCUGGGGGCGGCGCUGCGCGUCGCGUUCCUCGCCGGCGUCGGGAUGGGGAUGCCGGCGAGGAGCAACAAACCCAGGGCGGCUAAAAAGUGAGGGGUGGGCGUGGGAAUGGAGACGGGGACGGAAACAGGCAAAGGAGAAAUUGAGAAGCAGAGGGAAAAGGGUUACAGAGUGGAUGGGAGACGGCAAUGGUGGGUCGGCCCGCGCUCGCCUCGGCUUUACCAUAAGUUACCUACCGCGUUCAUCUGGAACGAGGCGACCUGGCUAGCCCGAGCAAGGAGGAGAAGAGGGCCAUCGCAUCUGGGCUGGGUUCUGGCGAGCCGACGUCGCCAAUUAAUAUACCUCGUUACUCCUCUCCCUCUGGCGAUUCGCCCUCACGCCCACAACAAAAAGCAUGUCUACGCAUAUCCAUCAUAGUGGGUUCAGAACCACGAGAAGUCACCGCCAGGUACCAAGGUGAUUUGCCAUAACUGUCUGCAUUCUGCCCGAUAUUCCGAGCGCCAGGAGGAGACAGCAGAGCAUACAAGAGAGAAAGCGACGCGGG